UAUGUGAAGUUGUAAACACUGUCACUGUCAGUGUGUACGUGUGUGUGACUUUCUGGCGCUUCCUACAGUUACUACAUGGUGCAUUAAUGGCUAUACAGGUCGGUGUGAGGCCCAGCCAGAGCCACACACUCUCCUGACUACCAGGAGUGCAGCAAUGGCCAUCCAUUGCCCUCUGCCCUGCCCUGCCCUGCCAUGGUGAGUCCUUCCCCUGCACCAGCAACACACGCCAGGCCAUACUGUGGCUAGCUUUGUGCAACCCACCAGGCUUCCACCACCUGCCAGCGCCACUAGUGCUGGUGGCAGCCGUCCGUCCCUCGAGCCCUGCACCAGGCCAGACCAGAGCCCAGGCUACUGCUGCCCUGCCUGGCACCGACCACUCCAGCUGGAUUCCCUGAAGGUUUGUGCAGGAGAAGGUGUGGCGUGAGUCACCGGGAGCAGUGCUGCAGCAGAGACUGUGAGGCUGGCCAGCAGCAGCAUGAGCAGCAAGAAGCCGCAGUCUGUCUCAGGUGUUGGGAGGUGCAGGCAUGGGGGGGGGGAAUCACCAAGAGCCAGGCAGCUCCUGCCACAAAGGAGAGGCCAGGUUAAAGUGUCAGCUGUGUGAUAAAACCUCUGAAUCUAAAAGUAAGGUGAGGCUCCAUGCCCAGAAACACAGUGGUGUUAAGGACUUAGAGCAUGGGAAGUGUGGCAGGAAAUUUGCCUUAAAAAAUCAUCUCACCAGACACAUAAAGGCACACACUGGAGUGAGUAAUUAUGAGUGUGAGGAGUGUGGAAAGAAAUUUACCAGAAAGAGUAACCUUGACACACACACCAUGACACACAAUGGUGUCAGGAACUAUGAAUGUGUAGAGUGUGGCAUGAAAUUUACCUUAAAGAGUAAUCUCACCAGACACAUCAAGGCACACAGUGGAGUCAAGAAGUAUAAGUGUGAGGAAUGUGGAAAGAAAUUUACCACACAGGGUAACCUCACCACACACACCCUGACACACAGUGGUGCAAAAAGGAGUGUCAGGCAUCACAAGUGUGAAGAGUGUGGUAUGAAAUUUACCGUAAAGAGUAAUCUCACUAGACACAUCAAGGCACACAGUGGAGUCAAGAAUCAUAAGUGUGGGGAGUGUGGCAAGAAAUUUUCCACACGUGGUAACCUCACCACACACAUUGUGACACACACUGGUGUCAGGAACUAUGAGUGUGAAGAGUGUGGCAUGAAAUUUACCAUAAAGAGUAAUCUCACCAGACACAUCAAGGCACACAGUGGAGUCAAGAAGUAUGAGUGUGAGGAGUGUGGCAAGAAAUUUGCCACAAAGAGUAACCUCACCACACACACCCUGACACACAAUGAUAUUAGGAAGUAUAAGUGUAAGGAGUGUGGCAAGAAGUAUACCAGAAAGUCUUACCUCACCAAACACUACUAUGAGACACACAUUUUGUGAAGAGUGUGGCAUGAAAUUGAGUGACUACUGACUACAAAGAAUAACCUCAGCAGACUCACCAAGACACCAAUGGUACAUCACAGUGUCAGGAAUUGAGUGUGAGAAAUAUGGGGAAAUAUUUACCAUUGGUGCUCUCAACAGACAUGCCUUCAGACACACAGGCUUGUUCAAGUGUUCAAGUGUGGCAAGUGUUUCAAGACAUAGCCAGAGUUUGCUGGCCACAUGACCAUCCACUUUUGAGGUGAAUACCCUUGCCUGUCAUGGUGGUGGUGGUUUUAGCAGUAGUAGUAGUAGUAGUAGUAGUAGUAGUAGUAGUAGUAGUAGUGGAAGUAGUAGUAGAAGAAGUAGUGGCCCCAGCGCUUGUUUAGUUGACACAACACUGCAAAAAAAAUAUGUCAUGAUGAACCUUUGUGUAUAGGUAUUAAUAUGCUAGGGUUGCCAUAUAUCAGGAUUUCUCAACCCUUCCAGCUUUGUGGACAACUUACAUCCACUUAUCUAUUCAGGGGACCUCUUGGUACUGGAUUAGAGAGGAUAUAGUCAUUUUACACUUGUAUGCAGCUAGCUCAGGUUUAGCUCAGCACACUGUUUGUUUGGCAGUACUUUUUGUUUUGGUGUGGAUGGUCUAAUAACAUAUUUUUUGUCCAUUUUCCUAAGAGACAGGUGUAAACAUCAAUAUGGAAAAAAAAGAAAAUCCUUAAAGGUGAAGGCUUACUACAUAUGUGUUGCCCAGUUUCAGCAUUGUAGUGUGGUCAAAUAAAAACAAGCAAACAAAUAAGUUAAACCAUAUCAUGGGAAAAAUUACAAUCCAUAAGGACAGCCAGUCACGCUAGGUGUUAGUGUUAGUCAGCAGCAGUUGGCGGCAGAAUACAUUCACUAUACAGUUCCCAGGCUGAGCUCUGGCGUGAGUGCUAUACUGUGCAGCUAUUGUAUCAUGUUAUGCCACCCCAAAGCAAUGUUGCAAACAAAUAUAACUUUCUCACUUUUUAAGCAUUUAGUCAUAUAAACAUUAUAAUACACUAUACAAAUAAUCACAACAUUCUGAGAUACAACUAACCAGGGAAAAAAUAAAAA